UACAUACAUACAUAUAUACGUGUAUAAAACAAGGAUACAAAGUGAAUUCGCAUUUCAACUAACAAAACUCGAUAGCAUUAUGAUGGGUAUUAAAUAUUUGUCGCAGGCCCAUUUAAAGGGAUUCGAACGUUAUAAGUACAACAGUAUAGACACAAGUUAUCUCAGUGUCUAUGUUAUGCAUCCGCUUUGGAAUAAUUGUGUGAAACUCCUACCAAAAUGGUUGGCUCCAAAUAUUAUUACAUUUAUUGGUUUCUUAUUAACCGUUGUUAAUUUUUUAUUAAUCGCUUAUUACGAUUGGGAUUUCACUGCAGCGAACAAUGAAGAAAAUACUAUACCAAGUUGGGUGUGGUCAGUAGCCGCUGUUAAUAUAUUACUUUAUUAUAAUUUAGAUGGCAUGGAUGGCAAACAGGCUAGACGUACAGGUACGAGUGGCCCAUUGGGAGAAUUAUUCGAUCACGGUUUGGAUUCAUAUUCAGCUGGCUUAAUACCAAUUUACAUGUUUUCUUUAUUCGGCACCGACGAUUUACCACCGAUACGCAUGUUUUCCGUGCUAUGGACUGUUUUUUUAAAUUUCUAUUUAACACAUGUGGAAAAGUACAACACUGGCAUUAUGUUUCUGCCAUGGGCUUACGAUGUUACUAUGUGGGGAGUCAGUCUGACGAUGUUCAUAACUACGCUGCUAGGUCCCAGUAUAUGGCAUUAUCGCAUCUUUUUUGAUUUAUCCAUGGCCAAUAUGUUCGAAUUUGUUCUGAUAGGUUCGGGUAUAAUAACCAGUCAUCCGAUUAUAUUGAAAAAUAUCUAUAUGUCUUACAAAAAUAAAACCGGUAAAAUGCGCCCUAUACUUGAAGCGGUUCGUCCCCUAUUUGCUUUUCUAUGGCUCUUUGUUAUCACUCUGAUCUGGUCGCUGUAUUCACGCAAUGGUAUUAUAAAUCUGGAGCCCCGAAUUCUAUUUCUUCUAUUCGGCACCUUGUUCUCAAAUAUAGCGUCUCGUUUAAUUGUGGCUCAAAUGUCCGAUACACGAUGUGAUGCUUUUAAUAUUUUAAUGUGGCCUUUGGUCGCCACUGUGGCUAUUAGUUGUUUUCCGUGGUAUAAACAAUUGUGGGGCGUGGAUAUAGCUGCCGAUACGGAACGCUGGAUUGUCCAGGCUUUAACCAUAUUUGUGACCAUCGCUCAUUUACAUUACGGUCAAGGAGUCGUACGAGAAAUGUGCGAUCAUUUUAAUAUACGAUGUUUUAAAAUAACGAACACCGUGCGGGCGGAACAGGAGUUGCAACAAAAUGCUACGGUAUAAAUAUACAGUGUUGAAGAGAUUAAAACGAAAACAUUUUCCCCAUAAAUUUUCAUAUAGAUUCCCUCAUGACGUAUAAGUGUUUUUAAGCUUUAAGGUUAA